GCUGUAAAGAUGCACGAUCUGAAGCAUCUGUUGACUAGUCUGAGCCUGUUUUUCUUUCUAGGAAAUGUUCAAGCUAGAUGUCUAAUCGAUUUGAUUCAUUUGAAAAGCAAUAAUUUGUACCUAAGCAACCAUAACGGAGUCUAUGAUAUUCAGCGCACUGAUAUUGUGGAAAUCGGUCAUUCGGUGCAUCUGCUAUGCAAAGGAGGACAAAUUUCACCCGCAUUCGAGUGUAAAUCUAACAGUGUUUUCAGCCCAGCGCUAAGCUCAGACGCAUGUGUACCACCAGAUCCUGUCGUGGAAGUGGUACCAGAUACUUCUUGUUCCACUCCGAGUUCUAUGUACCGCGUAGGAUUUUCUUUCAAUGGACGCUUCAUGGAACUGUAUCGCAACUGUUAUGAUGCAAACAGCUUGGCGUUACAACAUUCUAUCUACAAGACUUAUCGCUUCAUAAACAACGCUGAUCGACCUAAUCCCAAAUGGGCGUCGGAUGAUAUAAGUUUUGAAUUUGAUAAUUCCUACCUCCGAGAUGUAAUUAAAGAACGCUUGUCGAGAAUCCUGAAUCCAAUACAGGCGCCGUCUAAAUUUGAUAAAGGCCACAUGACACCGGCUUCGGGUGUCAUAUUCAGAUGGCUUAAGGUGGCAACCUUUAGGUAUCUAAAUUGUAUCCCCCAACAUGAAGCAGUGAAUCGGGGCAAAUGGAAGGCCAUUGAAACGUGGUUGAACAAAAUGGUUAAGGGAACAUUUGAUACUCACCAUCGUACCUACGAUGUCCUUAAGGUUUGCGCUGGCGCACUGGAAGUGCAUGAAGUAAUGAAUAAGAAAAUUUACUUGUUGACCAAUAACAACAAAAUUCCCGUGCCGAAGUGGAUGUACCAGAUAGUUAGCCAUCUCUCCGGUGAUAAAUGGGUGAUGCUGACUUACAACGAUCUUAGUGUCCCCACUCAGCAGGAGGUAAAUCAGAUCUGUCAAGUGAUACCCUGUCAUUCGAAUCUUAGUUUUACACCCACGAAUGCUGGACAAACUGUCUGCUGCAACCCGUACCCUUUUAUUACCAAUAACGCUCCACACUUAACUGGUGUUUGCUGAAUUCGUCAAGCUACUUUCAUCAUUUUCUUUAUU